AAUGCAUAUAUAGACAAAAGUAUUGAAACACCUGAGCAUGACAUCAUUAAACAAACUAUAUAGACAAAAGCAUUUGGACACUGACUAUGGCAUCCUUUCACAAAAUGUGCAGACCAAAGUAUUUGGACUCAUCACCAGUAAGUACAUCCCUAAACAAACUAUAGACAAAAAGUAUUUGGACAGAUGACUAUUACAUCCCGACACAAAUUCUAUCGAGAAAAUGGACACAUGACAUCAUGAAACAAAUUAUUCAGACAUAUGACCAAAGGUGAUUGAUGGGACAUGUUCGUUCUUCCACACCAAACUCAUCCAAACAUGCCUUUCUGGACCUCUCUCUUGUUCUCAAGUGGGUGUUCCACUGAGGCCUUGUGGGGGCGUGGUUGCCUUUUGGCCACACCCCCCACGUAGGCUGUAACAUGCUUUAAAUUUUAAUUGAGAAAGUAUGCACUGCCAUAAGAGAGGCCGCGGGACUACACAAGCCUCCACACUCCCUUGUUACACUACAACCGGGUUCUAUUCGUGACUGGACGUGUACGUGUGUGUUUUUAUUGUUAUUUUUCAUUCGUCACUCACAUUUCUAAUCGGAGGAGACGCACAGAAAGCAGCACAGGUUUUCAGUCGGCGUGGUGUCAGCGUCCACCAGGUGAAGCUGCAAAGACACUCGUGGUAGGUUUGUUGGAUUUACUUUGUUUCUUGAUGUGCAAUUUUAUUUUAUUUUAUUUUUUUUGUGCACCUGUUAUCGGAUGCGCGUUGGUGCAAAACACAGAAAGAAAAGAGGUGGUCGUGCACGCUGCAGGUUCGAGGAGCACAGAAACGCGACGUCGUAGGACGCAAACGAAUAACUUUGUGACUUUCUGCCCACGUGUCAUUGAAUUUUGUCCCCCACUUGGGGACAGGCUGUACUGGUCUACUCACUGUUUAUGUUCUCAAUUUGUUCUAUCCUCGCUCAACGAGGAUUUUGCUUUGUAAAAUCCAGUGUUUGUGUUUACAGGUAAGUGGCAGGUAAAUAUCAUUUUUGGUUUGGCGGCACAUUGCCCUAGUGGGCAGCACGUCUGCCUCACAAACAAGAAGUUGUGUGUUUAAAUCCCGUUUCCAUACUUUCCCUGUGCUUGUGUGGGUUUUCUCAUGGUACUCCAGCUUCCUCCCAUAUUCUAAAAACAUGCUGGUUAGGUGUCAUCGCUAUAGAACAUGAACGGAUCGUUGUGCCCCCUGAUUGUCUGGUGACCAGUCCUGGGUGUGCCCCGCUUCUUGGGAUAGUCUCCAGCUCACCUUCAAUGCCACUCGGGACAAGUGGCGGACUGAUGGAUCUGAUCCAGGGUGUAAAAUAUGCAUUCUCUGUCGCGCUUGUCCCAGCUGACUCUUGGAGAGAGAAGCGGGAUCCACGCCAGACCGGUUGCUAGACAAUCGCGGGACGCAAACGACCAUUCGCACUCACAUUUACGCCUCUGGACAAUUUAAUGAACCUGACGUGCAUGUUUUUUGGAUCGUGGGAGGAAGCCAGAAUACCCGGAGAACCAACAUUCAAACGCAGAACAUCAGAGCGGUGAGACGGUGCCCAGCUUCAGCAAUUCCCACGCAAAAUCCUGUUGGACUUCCAGUUUGUUUGGAUGUGCAGAAAGAAUUCACUCUCAAACAUUUGGACGUUAAAAGAAAGAAUUUACUGCUGUGAAAACCAUAAAAAACGGUUUACCUUUUACUUUGAUAACGUCUUGUGCUAUGCUAAUGCUACUCUUCUCACUUUGCAUAGCUUAUCAUGUUCUUAUGUUAAGUCACCAAAUUUGUACGACUUUCGAGACCUUUUUUCCCCCCCCCCAAUUCCGAUCAAAUUUUGGAUAUCUCCGAGUAUUAAGUGUUUAUUUUCAGACAUUCCACCGUCGGGUUUAAACGCAAGUCAUAUUGUGCCUGUCAUUUCUUUGUACUUGUCUGCAGCCCCCCCCCCCCCCCGAUCGUCAGGUCUUGAUGCCCACGCGCUGCAAAACAUGAGUAGCAGUGGGCCCAAAGAGCCGUCUCCUCCCCGGCCCAGAUCCCCCCAGUUGGCUGCCCAGCCUCAGCAGCGCAGGGGCCGAGGUCGUCCACGCAAGCAGCAGCUGGAGCCUGUCGGACCGCCGACUCCAAAACGACCAAGAGGAAGACCCAAGGGCAGCAAGAACAAAGGCCCCAAAACUGCACUUAAGCUCGCCGAGCCGGCUGGAGAGAGACGGCCGCGGGGGCGACCGAGGAAAUGGUUGCGGAGGGUUGUUGAACAAGGACGUGAAGAGCAAAAGGUGGCGUCGGGGGAAGAGGAGCCGGCUCCCUCGCGGUCGGAGCCCUCUUCGUCUCAAGAGGAAGGCCAGUAAAAUCAAGCAUCGUCACUCUACCUCCAGGUUUGCCGUGAAAGUGGAGAAAAAUCUUGCAAUUAUGGCAUUUGGGAGGAAUUGACCACCUUGCUGAGAGUUGGAAAAUCAGAUAUAAUGCCACCUUCAAAGUUUACAUCUCAGUAAGAAAGCAAUUUUUACCAUUCAGACUGCACACUCCAUUUUGCAGUGUUUGCCAACCUUUAUUGCGCCAAGGCACAUGAACUACUCUCAAAAGGUGAAGGGCACAUGUCCAGCUGUUCAGUGUUUCCUUACUUUUUGCUAAAACGGCAAAAUUCACAACAGGAGUUAAUUUCCACGAAUGUCCAGUUCUAUGCCUUUCUGUGACUCUUCCAGUCGCUCUGGUGCAACCUGCUGAUGACACGCUAAGCUCAGUGGCGACUUGCCUCUUACAGCAUCCUGGUUGGAAAAACAAACAUCCACAACCUUUUGUUGAGUAGUGUAAUUUAUAUCAGAAUCGCAUGGCACACAAUUUAACAACAACAAAAAAGUCACAAAAGGUAUAAUGUCAACAAAAAUAAUGAUGAUCUCAUCUCAAGUUACUCAAAAAUUGACUGACUGUGCUUUAGUUAAACACAAAGCAACAGGUGGAUGCACAGGUUUAUUGGACGUUCUGCCUUCUAGUUGAAGAGCAUUUAUUUGUACGUCACUGGCAUAGCGAGAUGAACAAAGAUAUAUUUGUCGUAAAUUUAAGAAAACAAUUCAAACAAUUAUGUGAAACUGAUGUGCCACGGCGCAGCGGUUGGGAAUCACUGCUCUAUUAAAUGUCACAAUGUAUGCAAGCGGUUUGCCAAGGGUUAAACGAGUGCAGUGUACAAGGAGGAGGUGCUGAAAUGGACCAUUACUGUAUAUUAUUUUUGUCUGAUGUACAGUACAGUUCAGCCUAAAAUUACUCUUAUCCAGGCCAAAAUUUGGAGUUAAAGCACAUGCUUACGUAUUGAAAGGAUGUACCACUUGUCAUAAAACAUUAGACGAGUCCAUCCGGCAUAAUUAAAUGCUUUAAUGCGGACGCUCUCAAAAACAUUGCAAUCAAAAAGUUUCACGUCCAUUUAUUCCAACUCUACACUCCUACCCACUUUUCUAGUUGUUAAAAUAUUGUAUAUUAUGUGAGCAGCAGCCUUAGAAAUGGUGCAAAAGGUUGUUUUCUCAAAUUUGGUUCUGACUUGUUUUUGAAAAUGUAAAAAAAAAAAGAACAAUAAAAAUUUUAAUUUUCUGUCAUUAAUGGCUGUUUAAAAAAAAAAAUAACUACUGUGAUGUCAAGGGUCCAAUUUACCUGUUUUAAAAUAAAAUAAAGGAAAAGCUAGCAAAAUAUUUUUUUAAAUGUUGGGGAGAAAAUGGGAUGAAAUGUCUUGCUGGCAUUAUUUUUGUUCUUUUCCUGUUUUUAUUGUGUAUUUUUUUAAAUGAUUUUUGAAUGUGCAAAUAACUCUCCAUACAUAAUGUGGUUUAUUAAAUAUAUAGACUGGGCAAUAUUUCAUUAGCACAAAGUAUGGAUACGCGUUUCAUCGCCAAUUUACAUGACAUGUGCGUUAAUAAUGUUUCUUGUGUCAUUUACAGUCAAAAGAAUACCAAUAAUAAUAAUAGUCAAGGGUAUGAAUAAUUUUAGGAUUAAGUCUCUUGAAUUUAAAUUGUAGCUAUGUUACUAUAUAUAUAUAUAUAUAUAUAUAUAUAUAUAUAUAUGAUGCCCCAAAGUCAUUAUUAUGAGCAGUUUUACACCCCAAAACUUUUUCUUCUUCUUUAAAAUUGCCAGUUUAAAUCCAAUAAGAAUGAUACCAAAUUGUCCAUUAACAAAGAUAAUAAGACAUUUCAUCCACUGUAUACAUAAAGCAACAAGUAUUGUGACUCUCAGGCUUUUUAUUACCACCAUCCCGGGUACAAAACAAUUCAAGAACUUUUUUUUCAGUCUUGGGAUUUGUGUGUGUGUGUGUGUGUGUGUGUGUGUGUGCGCGCUGCGUUGAGCAUUUCCUAUCAGUAUUGAUGCAAUGACCUCACGGAAACCAGUUACCUCAAGGAAAAAAAAUGGAUUUGUUCAAACUGAAAUGUGACUUUGUUCUGUGAAAAUGAGGCAAAUACAAAAAACAACAUUUACACCAACUUUAUACAAUAUCUUAGAAUGUGGUUUCUUAUUAAAUACUCACCCGUCUUUUUCACCAUAUCUGAUUUUUACACUGUAUAUUUUACGGGUAGACAAUACAUGUGAUUUUUGGACUCUUUUUACGUGACCUCUUUUCAAAUUCAGGCUACAUUUGACCGUAUUUUCUCAGCAGUUAGAUCACGUGUAAAGCAGGAUGCGCACACAGAUAAAAGGUUGUCAAUUGUUGAUUUGUUUCUAAAAGAUUAUCCAGCGUGAUUUUCCGGCGGUGCGUCAAUGAUUGGAGGACACUCACGAUUGUCGGUGGAGAUGUCGUUAUGUGUGUAGUGUGUUGUGUUAGUCAUCUUUAGUACACCCCUCUGAUUUGUUUUUUUAACUCGUCAUUUGUGGGUGGGGUCUCUCUAAUAUAUAUAUAUUUUUUUUUUAAACGGUUAAAUGGGGUACACAUACUGAUAAUCGGGCCAAAUUUGAGCAUCUAUAAAAGCUUAUUCUGAGCGAUUAUCCUGUUGCGAGUUGACGUUUUUCCUUCCCAAUCUGCUUGGAAAAUGGUCAGUGCUGACAAUUGUAAAUGUUAACCAAUCGUUAGGAUGGCAAACCAUUAUCAUUGAGUCAUUUACGAUUUAUGACUCGUAAUUGUCGACGGGCAUAUCGAUGUGCACGUAAACGGCAUUUUAGCCACACUAUUAGCUGCUAACGUUAGCUGCUAUUCAUAGCAAAAAAGCCAGACUGUUAAAUAGUUGCAGUUUUAAUUGCGUCAGUGACUUUUGGUUGGCAGCAAACCUUACUUUUGAUGUCCUUUCAAGGGAACAGCGUGUUGGAUCACCUCACCUUUAAGAAUGUGACCCAAACUUUACUUUCGCUAAAAGUGUUCAUGUUAGCUGCUAACGUUAGCUACAAAUCAUAGUAAAAAGCUUAACAGAAAGUUGAAUCAUUGCGGUUUUGCAGUCUUUAGAGUCACUUAUUGUUGUCAAUACUCUCCGAAAACAUUACUUUUUGGUUAUUUUGGGUAUUUCUCUUUGUAAUUUGGUCCACCAACUUAAAUAGCUAUACUUUUAACGACAAGGGUGGUUACAUUAAAGGCAUUUGUGAGUAUUGGUACCUAUGUUGAAGCUAACCUGUGUAUUGAUUAUUUCCUUACAUAAAAGGUCAACUUUUUGGUUAUUUUUAUACGAUCUGAUCCAUGUGUCAUUAUGUUGUGAUUGUAUUGGUGUGGCGAUGGAUUCACAUGCGGCAAUUUGUCAAAACUUUUUUUUUUACGCCUUGUCACCAUUUUCGCACAUAUGUUCAUUGACCUUGCCCUGCUUUAAUUAAAAAACAAAUAUUAUUAUAUCCUGUGAAUCUUAAAUAUUUGUGUGUUUUG